AUGCACAAGAUAUCCAACUUCACGGGCCAAGCCCGUCAUGGUUGGGAACGAAUGACGCCGACUUUCGGGAUGUCCAGACCUCACACCGACAUGGCUUUUCGUCGACCACACGGUGCGCCCCCGAUGACACCGCCGACAAGUAUCGAUCCAACCGUCAACCUAUCCUUCAACGUCCCCUUCUCAUCUACCCUAGCUGGCCCCGAUGUCGAGGAUGUACUCCACGCCAGCCCCGGUGCCCUCCAGCGUUGGACUUUUCCGGAAGGAACACCAGAAGGCACCUCGGUGCAUCAGCUUCCCGUCCACACAAAUAAUGUCGAGGGACUGCAGAGAUUAUGUCGGAAGAUAACGGAGGAAAAAGCUGGACGGGUGGAAGCUACGCUCACGACCUCCGAAGCCAAGGCCGUACCAUCACUACAACGCCGGCCAAACGGCUUGGUGACCAACGUCUGUGUCACUGGUGAUGGGGAGAUGGCGCGUAAGAUGCGGGCGAAAAUUUUGAACGAGACACCGAUUAUGUUGCGAUGUGCAACCGUCGAUGUGGAUAUGCACCUUAUUAUGGACGGAUCCCCCAAGGGAAUCCGAAGCAGUGUUCUCGAACACCUCGAUACUUUGGCUGCGUACACAGGAGCCGACAUUUUCCUGCUAACCCCCAAACUCCACGAUGCAGACAGUGCAGUGGUGUCAUCCUAUGGCUAUGCGUCAGAUAAUGGUCUCGACCAGCGCUUCCGCGUUGCCAUUUACGGUGACUUGGAGAGUUCAGAACAUGCCAAGACCCGGGUUCUGAUCAUGAUUGACCAAAUACUCAAACGCCAUGUGGACGCCAUCAAGCUGGACUCUACUAUGCACACCUUGGUCUGUGGUCGCACCCGCAAGAACAUUAAGCUCAUCGAGGCCGCAACGGGCACCGCUAUUUACUUCCCUCCGCCGUUCCCUCAGAUUUUCGGAUAUAUCCCACCCGGUGCGAACCGUCGAAGCGAAGAUGAGGUUUAUAUUACUGGCGAGACACCUGAACAGAUUGCUCGCGCUAAGCAGAAGCUGCGAGAAUUGGUGAUGGGAGUGAAGAUUUUUGUGAAGGAUGUGGUUGUCAGCUCAAGCAAGAUCGAUAAUAUUCUGCUCGACCGUCUGGACAAGGUGCGAAAGGUUAUGGAGAUGAACGGAUCUUACGUUCUGUUUCCCCAGCUUGGUAGCCAACGCGGGCUUGUGCGCAUCCAAGGCACUGAAGUGCUGCACGUCGAACGGACCGUUAGGGAGAUUAUGGCCCUGGCCGGUCAAUUCUACAGUGCCUCAUGGUGGAUCAUCAUGCCCGACCCCGCCCAAGGUGGUAUGCGUGCUCCGGCGACUGCCGACAUUCGCUCCAUGCUAUCGGAUAUCUGCACCAACUCGGAAGCUGAGGUCAGCUUUGACAAUUUGACCUUCACGAUCAACGGCUCCGAUGAUGCCGUUAAGGCUGCGAUGACAGUCAUCAACCAGAUCCCCUUCGUGAUGCGAAGCCAGUACCAGAUGCGGGUGAAGAUCGAGCUGGCCAACGAGCACAAGGAGUUCGUGAGUGGCAAGAAGAACGGAAAGAUCAACAAGAUCAUGGGCCAGAGCAACGUUCAGAUUAUUUUCGACGGUUUCAACGAGUACAAUUUUUACAUCGACGUAUGCGGCAACCAGUACGAAUCGACGAAGAAUGGCCUGGAUCUUGUCGAACAAGAAAUGCCUGCUUCGAUCUCCUUCCAUGUGCCGGAUCAAUACCACAAGCGGAUUAUCGGAAUUGGUGGACAGCACAUCCAACGCAUCAUGAAGAAAUACUCCGUCUUUGUGAAGUUCUCGAACGCUAUGGACCGUGGCGGGAUGGGCAAGGAGGAUGACGAUAUCAAGGUUGACAACGUUAUCUGCCGGACCCCUGCUCGCAACGCCCAGAGCUUGGAUCUUGUCAAGCAGGAGAUCAUGGACAUGGUUGAGAAAGUGGAUGCCGAAUAUGUUUCCGAACGAGUUGUCAUCAACCGCUUGUACCACCGUGAGCUGUUGGCUCGCAUGACAGAGAUUGAUGAACUCGAGAAGAAAUGGAAUUGCAAGAUCGAGUUCCCUAGCACCGAACUUGCCAGUGACGUUGUCACCAUCUCUGGCCCUGAAUAUCAGGUGCCUCAAGCGGUCGACGCAUUGCUUGGAAUGGUUCCAGAGAGUCACGAACUCCACUUCCAGAGCUCUGUGGAGCUCCAAGACUACUUCAAGUGCUCGGACUUCCUUGCUGAUGUCCGAACUAAGCUCAAGGAGCAAUACGAGGUUGAUAUCAAUGUGGAUGUUGGCACCGAUCUCCCUACCACUCCGGAAGAAGGUUCCUCCUCUCCCACCCCCGGCCCCGAAGACCGUGUCGUCCUCGGCUACACCCGCAACAACGCCGGUGGUCUGAAGGAUGCAAUCGACUUCCUGAUUUCCCGACUUGUCGCGCACGGCCUCGACGCCAACACCGUCAAGGGAGCCAUCCCCCGCCCCAAAUCCGACUCAUUCGAAGAGUCGCUGCCUUUCUUCGACUCGAAGCUAUUGCAGCAUGCCCCGGCGCCCCUCUCCACCGACUCACCCACUCGUCCCAACUUCUCCGACGAGACCAGCGAGCGAGGAUCGAUCUUUGAGCGACUCCGCAAACCUGGCAGUAUCUCCUCUUUCUCCUCCUUCAUCGGCCGCAAAAACCACUCGGCCUCGCCGGGUUCGUUCUUCAAACACGCCUCGAGCAACGCUUCCAAGGCCUCGCUCGUCUCCAUGGAGUCGCGCGACAGUGGCUACCGCAACCCAUGGAAUGACUCCGGCGUGAACCUCCCCGAAGACGACGUGCCCGUCCUCGGCAGUUCACACAGCCACAAGAGCAGCAACAGCAAUGGCUGGCCCACGCGUUUCGACGCCAAGUUUCCCUUCGGCACCGCGCCCGGUGACAUGACCCCCAAGCAUGACCCGCGCACCUCUUUUGACAGUGGUCGUCCUAGUACUUCCAAUUCUACUUCUGGAUACCCGGCCCCAAUUGGGCCACCGCGUUAA